UGCAUGCACCUCUCUAAUUCAGUGUCAGUAGGAGUUCAGUACCUGUCACCCGCACUGCCCCAUGUAGAGGGGCACUUUAGGAUAUGGCAGAAAGAAAACCUACAGGUGUACUUGCUCUUCACAUUGUUUGCCUCUUGUGUGGUUCUAGCCUUUCCUGGCCCACAACAAAAAUAUUAGACUAUGAUGUGGACGGUGGACGAGACCUUGACAUUAUUGACAUCAACGAAGAAGCAGGGUUGAAUCUUGUAGAGGGAGACAUUGUGCUUGAUGAGAGACAAACUAGAAAUUCCAUUAUAGGGGAUGAGUACAGGUGGCCAAAGACUAUUCCUUACUACAUGGAAGAUGACUUAGAGAUCAAUGCAAAAGGUGUGAUUCUGAAGGCCUUUGAGCAGUACCGGCUCAAGACCUGCAUCGACUUCAAGCCUUGGACUGGAGAAGCAAACUACAUUUCCAUCUUUAAAGGGGGCGGCUGUUUCUCCUCUGUGGGAAACCGACGAGUUGGGAAGCAGAGAUUAUCAAUAGGGAGCAACUGUGACCGCAUUGCCACCAUCGAACAUGAGUUUCUUCAUGCUCUGGGUUUCUGGCAUGAGCAGUCCAGGGCAGACCGUGAUGAUUAUGUCAGAAUCAUGUGGGACCGCAUCUCAGAGGGUAAAGAGCACAACUUUAACACCUAUGAUGACACCACCUCCAGCUCUUUGGGAGUACCGUACGACUACGGUUCCAUGAUGCACUACAGUAAAAAUGCCUUCCGCAACGGCACUGAGCCCACCAUCGUCACCAAGAUCCCAGCUUUCAGUGACGUCAUUGGCCAGCGUAUGGAGUUCAGUGACAGUGACCUGCUCAAGCUGCACCGCCUGUAUAACUGCACCCAGGGCGCUACGUUCCUGGACUCGUGUGACUUUGAACGUGAGAACAUCUGUGGUAUGAUCCAGGGACAAGGGGAUAGGGCAGACUGGCUUAGGGUCUCUAAAGCUGCAGGACGGCCCGACACUGACUACUCCAACAUGGGCAAAUGCACAGGCUCAGGGUAUUUCAUGCACUUCGGCACUGGCACAGCCAACACUGGGGAUAUGGCUCUGCUGGAAAGCAGGCUCCUUUACCCCAAAAGAGGAUACCAGUGUCUGCAGUUCUUCUACUACAACAGUGCCGGCCCCAGCGACACACUGAAGAUCUAUGUCCGGGAGUAUGACAAAGCUAACCCUAAUGGAAAACUGCGCUUUAUAAAGACCAUAGAUGGGCCCCCUCAGGAGCUGUGGCAACUGCACCAUGUGAGUCUAGACGUCAAAACAAAGUUCCGCGUCGUCUUUCAAGGGACCAAAGAAGGUUCUGGGCCCUCAACAGGGGGACUGUCUCUUGAUGACAUCAACCUUUCUGAGACAACCUGCCCAGAGUUUAUAUGGCGUGUGAAAAACUUCAGUCAUGUUAUGGACAACACCCCAAUGAACACAUCUAUCUUCAGUCCCCCAUUCACCUCUAAGGAGGGUUAUACCUUCCAAAUGGAGCUGUAUCCCAGUGGUAAGGCGGGCUACCCAGGUGAGCUGUCAGCCUAUGCACAUCUGGUGGCUCGUGAAGGGGACACUGGACAGAAAUGGCCAUGCCCCUGGAAACAGAUAACCAUGAUGCUGAUGGACCAGCAUCCACACAUCCAAAAGCGUAUGUCUAACCAGCGCAGUGUCACCACUGACCCCAACAUGAAGGCAUCAACAGGCUCUGACCAGUUUUUCUGGGACGACCCUCGCAAGGUAGGCGUUGAGGUCACACACACAGAUGGGUCCAAGUAUUUCCGAGGGCCAGGCGCCGGCACUGCCGUGUAUCUCACGCACCUCAGAGCCAAGAGCAGGGACUUUAUAAAGGGAGGAGACGCCAUCUUUCUUCUCACCAUGGAGGAUGUAUCUCAUCUGACAGUGACCCAGCCUCUACCUUCCCCAACCCCAUCAAGCCCCCCACAGACUGGCACCACUGCACCCUCUGAUGUCUGUCUCAACGUCCAGUGUCAGAAUGAUGGAGUCUGCGUGUUGGAUGAAGGGAGAGCUGCUUGCAGGUGUGUGGUGGGCGAUGACUGGUGGUACUAUGGGAACAGCUGUCAGUACAAGGGCUCCACCAAUGAUAAAACUACCCUUGCACUCGCCUCUUCUCUGUCUGUGCUGGGAGUAAUGCUGGUGAUAACAGCAGUCAGCAUCGUCUGCGUGAAGAAGAAGUAUAAGAAGCGAGGAAACGACAACAGCGUCGUCAUGGCAAACAUGAAUGCCAGUUGAAUGUUUAUACCAAAUGUCUUGUAGUCAGGAUUUUAUAGAUUUAUGGCUUUCAACUAUAGUGCUCAAAGGUAAACUGUAGAUCAUAACACUAUAUGAGAUUGCCCCCUUCUGGUCAUUCAAUGUAAAAACAGUAGAGGAAAUAGAAUAUUGGGAAUAAAUUGUUUUUCAAUUCUGAAAUCUCA